AUGACAUUAGAAUCUGUUCUACAGCGUGCUAAUGAAAAGAAUUUAAGAUUCAACGGUGACAAAUGUGAAUUUGAUAAACCAAGCAUCACGUUUUAUGGUCAUGUUUUCUCGAAGCAGGGUAUAUCCCCAUGUCCUAAAAAGAUCGAAGCGAUCAAGUCUCUAAAACCUCCAGCGAAUGUUUCUGAACUUCGUAGCUAUUUAGGAAUGACAACAUAUUGCGGCAGAUUUAUUCAAGAUCUUGCAACACUGACUGCCCCAUUACGUAAACUUACAAAGAAGGAUAUAAAAUACGAAUGGAAAGAAUCACAACAACGUGCGUUUGAUACAUUACAAGAAAGAUUGAACGAGAAAACCACUUUAUCAUACUUUGAUCCUUCAAAAGACACCAAGCUCAUUGUAGAUGCCUCUCCCACUGGUCUAGCGGCAAUAUUAAUACAAAAUACCCCCAGCCAAAAUGACGAAACUGUCGUUGCAUAUGGCAGUCGUGCUCUUACAGAAGUAGAACAAAGAUAUAGUCAGACAGAACGCGAGGCAUUGGCAAUUGUUUUUGGCUGCGAACAUUUUCGUUUAUUUCUCUACCGAAUUCAUUUCACAAUCUAAAUUCAUUUCACAAUUCAUUUCACAAUCAAAAGACCAUAAACCAUUAGUAUCGAUUUUUCAGAAUCCAAAUUCACAUUGCCCUGCACGACUAGAACGCUGGCGUUUACGCCUACAGUCGUACAAUUUCCAAAUUCACUAUUGCCCUGGCCACGAUAACCCAUCCGAUUACAUCUCAAGACACCCAAUGAAUACGACCUCAAUGACAUCACAAGACAGUGAAAACUCUGAAUAUUAUAUUCAGUUCAUUGCGGAAUCAACAACCCCAAAAGCAAUGACCCUUCAACAAAUCAGACUAGCAACACAAAAUGACCCAACUUUACAACAUGCUGCACACAUAAUACAGAAAAACUUAUGGCAUACGUUAGACACCACAACAUUUUCCAAAGACACAGACAUUGAUAUUCGUGAACUAAAGUUACUCCGUAAUAUCAAAGAUUAA